AUGCCAGGGGCCUCUGACCCCUCCUACGUGUCCGCCUACCCAUAUAGUUAUGACAUCUGCUGUGAUGGCUUGAAGGGUCUUAGGUUGGCUCAUAUUAUAACCGAGCCAGAAACUGGACUCCGUUUUCUCCUAGGGAAGUGCAAAGCAUUGGAGACGCUUUACCUCGAGUACGUGAUUGGUCUAAAAGAGAACGAGAUGAUUGCGCUAUUCCAGAGGUGCAACAACCUCAAAACGAUCUCACUUAAGCUUAUGCCUCUGAGAUGUGAAGAUUAUGAGUUUAGGACGGCAUUGACUGAUGUUAGCCUUAAGGCUCUAGCUCUCAGCUGCCCUAUGCUUCAGGUUGUAGAGCUCACAUUCACAUUUUGCGAACCCAUGUAUCCAACGGAAAUAGGUUUCACACAGGAGGGUAUUGUGGCGCUCGUCCAAUCUUGUCCAAUUCACUCUCUUUUGCUAAAUGGUGCCAGCAUUUUGUAUGAUGAGGGGUUGAAGUGCCUCUCAUCCUCACAGUUCCUGGAGAAGCUUGAGCUUGUGGAUUGCAGGUCUAUAACCGAUGUUGGUAUGAGUUUCAUUAUACUGGCUCCUUGCUUGAGCAAUCUCACCCUCCGCAAAUGCAAGAAAGUGACAGAUAAUGGAAUGGCUGAGCUGGCACGUUCACAGAAGUUGGAGUCACUGACCAUUAUAGGCUGCUGUCAGAUCUCCCAGGAGGGUGUGCAAGGGGCUGCCAAAUCAGUUCGCUACUCUGCAGAGACUGAAAGCCACGGCAGUCUAAAAGGAAUGAACAUGGACAGGGACAUGAACAGGAAAAGACGCCGGUCGCCCUGA